AUGUCAUUGCCUAAGCCUGAGUUUGAGGCUGAGCCUGCGCUGGAGCCUGAGCUUGAGCUUGAGCCUGAGGCUAAGCCUAAGUCUAAGCCUAAGCCUAAGCCUAAGCCUAAGCCUAAGCCUAAGCCUAAGCCUAAGCCUAAGCCUAAGCCUAAGCCUAAGCCUAAGCCUAAGCCUAAGCCUAAGCCUAAGCCUAAGCCUAAGCCUAAGCCUAAGCCUAAGCCUAAGCCUGAGCCUAAGCCUAAGCCUAAGCCUAAGCCUAAGCCCAAGCCCAAGCCCAAGCCCAAGCCUAAGCCUAAGCAUAAGCCUAAGCCCAAGCCUAAACCUAAGGCUAAGCUUCACUUCAACCACACACUUAAGCCUAUGACCAAACCUAAAAGAUAG